AUGCCGAAAGACUUCUCCGCGCACCAACCCAAGACAAUCCGUCUAUACCCCCUCUCGAACUACACAUUCGGCACCAAGGAAACACAACCGGAGGAAGAUCCCUCGGUGCUGGCGCGUCUAAAGCGUCUAGAAGAGCACUACGAGCAGCAUGGCAUGCGCCGUACCUGCGAGGGUGUCCUCGUCUGCCACGAGCACAACCACCCGCAUGUGUUGAUGCUGCAGAUCGCGAACGCCUUUUUCAAGCUGCCCGGUGACUACCUCCACUUCGAGGACGAAGAAAUCGACGGUUUCAAGAAGCGCCUCAACGAGCGUCUGGCGCCGGUGGGAUCGCAGUUCUCCGGCGAAGGCGUCAACGAGGACUGGGAGAUUGGCGAUACGAUCGCGCAGUGGUGGCGGCCCAAUUUCGAGACGUUCAUGUACCCGUUCCUGCCGGGACAUGUGACCCGGCCCAAGGAGUGCAAGAAGCUGUAUUUCAUUCAGCUGCCUAAGAAGAGUGGGUGUCUCUCCACGCACGGUGUCGGGGGAGGUCCUCUCCGUCCCAAAGAAUAUGAAGCUCCUGGCGGUCCCGCUGUUCGAACUCUACGAUAA